AUGCCACCACCACCACGUUCCAAGGGAUCCACAUUCAAUCCGAACCCACAACCUCGAGCCCGCUUUUUCGACGUCUUCAACUCCGCCUCGACGGGUCAUCAGGUUGCCGAUGGCGGCGGCGCCCGCGGGCGCGAAUGGCGGAUCACCCGGCAGGAGAAACUGGCGCGGCAGUUUGGGUCCAGGGAUGGGGAUUGCACUUCUUCGCCUGUCUUGACACCUGUUGCUGCUGCUGCGGAGGGAAUAGGGGAUGAGGGUGGGGAGGAGGAGGAGGAGGCGGGGAGGGGAGAGUGGGUGUUUGCUGCUGCUGCUCAUUCCGAUUCUAUUUGCUCUGGGAACAACAACAACAGCAGCAGCAGCAGCAACAGCAACAGCAACAGCAACUACUCCAAAAACGUCGGUGCGGGAUCGCACUUUGCUGCUCAGCAGCACUCGCAAUUGCGCUCGGCGCAUAAUGGGCCGAGACAUGUCCAAUUGGGGGUCCGGGCUUCCUUCUCAUCGACAUCAACGGGCCAGAUGGAUAUACGAAAUAUGUUUGGUGGGCAGGUUCGCAAACGAGGAUACCCUGAGGCUGUGAGUGAUGGCUCUGGUGGUGGUCAAUCCAGAGCAAUUGGGAUGAAGAAAGCGAAGGUGCAGACGCAGUAUAGCCUUGACUGGGCUACAGAGAUAGCACCGGCAGCAGCAGCAGUAACGACGACAACAGCAACAAAAGGAGAUGUAUCUGCGCUACCCCUCAUACCCACUUCCUUCAAGUCUCAUCCCACACCUACACCUUCCAUCACCUCGACGACCACGACCACGACCACGAUCAAGAAAUCAACAACACCAACACUUCCCUCAAAGACAUCUGCAACGACCCCUUCUACCUCAUGCGAAACUAUACCGCCAUCCCUGCAUAUCGAACCCAUGAACAACAAAAAGAUCUUCAGCUCCCUCACCAUCCACAUCAACGGCCAAACAACCCCUCUCAUCUCCGACCACGCUCUCAAGCGCCUCCUAGUCUCUCAAGGAGCUACCCUUAGCCUCUCCCUCUCUCGGAAGAUCACGCAUGUCAUCAUUGGAGUCCCCAAUGCGGGACCGGGCAACGGCGGCGCGGGAGGUGGACUCGCCGCUAGCAAGAUCCAGAACGAGCUCCAGCGCGGAGGAUGGAAGGGGGUGAAGAUUAUAGGGGUCCAGUGGUAA